AUGCUAAAACACGUGCAACUUGACCUGGGAAAGAAAAUGCAGAUUUUCAGUCAGUACAAUGUGAGUAACUGGGUGCUGUACUAUUUCAUAUCUCACAGAUAUUUUUUUAAACCCACUUUCAAAACACACAUCCUAUUUGUAUGUCUUCCAGCAUUUGGCUGUGGGGUUCCUGCCUACCCUCCUCUUGUGUCCAAAGUUGUUGGAGGGGAAAAUGCAAGACCAUACAGCUGGCCCUGGCAGGCCUCCCUUCAGUACAACUCCAAUGGCAAGUGGCGUCACACCUGUGGGGGAACCCUCAUUGCCACCAACUGGGUGCUGACAGCUGCCCACUGCAUCAGCUCCUCUCGGACAUAUCGAGUGUUUCUUGGAAAAUACAACCUAGCAGCUGAGGAAGAAGGAUCAAUUGCACUUUCUCCAGAAAAGAUCGUCGUUAAUGAGAACUGGGAUCCACAGGAUCUUGCAAAUGGGUAUGACAUUGCUCUGAUCAAACUCUCUGAGCACGUCACCCUGAGUGACCAGAUUCAGCUGGCCUGCCUGCCCCCUGCCCAGAGCAUCCUGUCCUCCAACACUGCCUGCUAUGUCACUGGCUGGGGAAGGCUGCAGACAAAUGGAGCUCUUCCUGAUGACCUGCAGCAAGGCCUUCUGCUGGUGGUGGAUUAUGCAACCUGCUCCAAACCUUCCUGGUGGGGAAGCAUAGUGAAAACCACCAUGGUCUGUGCUGGUGGGGAUGGAAUCAUCUCCAGCUGCAAUGGGGACUCUGGGGGCCCACUGAACUGCCAGGGGGCUGAUGGCAGGUGGGAAGUGCACGGCAUCGUCAGCUUUGGCUCUUCUCUUGGCUGCAACUACUACCACAAACCCUCCGUGUUCACUCGAGUCUCUGCCUACAACAGCUGGAUCGAGCAGGUUAUGGCAAACAACUAA